GAAUCUUUUUCAUUUCUGAAGCAAAAUGGAAGGAGGAGAGAGCGACGACGACCAAGUGAUGAGUGAAGUCCAUCUAGGUUGUCCGCCUAACUUCUCAGGCCCCUACGUUACCCACUUCACCUUUUCAUCACCCUCUAAUAAAGCUGAUUUGAUCGGUUCAAAUAUUAUCAGUUUGGAUGAGGACGGCGAUCUUGUUCUUGCCCGGAGGAAGGAUGGAAAUAAUGCGUACAGGGGUCAAAACCAUGCGUAUGAUACCGGAUGCCAAUCUUUUAAAUUGGAUGACGACGGUGAUCUAGUCCUAUCUAGGAAACGCAAAAGCUGCGUUGCUAGAUCGAUCUGCAAAUUGGCUGUCCAACACAGUAUUACAUCUUCACUUCCCAAUGUUGGAUUGCAAGUUUGGAUGGCGGAACUCUUAUUAUCCGAUUACCUUUUGCAUAGAAGCUUCAUUUCAUCUAGUUUUGACGAUAUUACUGCACUGGAGCUUGGUGCUGGAACAGGUUUGGCAGGCAUAGUUCUUGCACGGAUUGCGAAGGCAGUCUUUUUAACAGAUUAUGGAAAUGAAAUUCUCGACAAUUGUGCAAAAAAUGUCCGUCUUAGUUCGAGCUUUUCUGAACUAAAUGAAGCUUCUAUUCAUGUACGAGAACUCAACUGGCAGGAGUCAUGGCCUCCUCAUACUGAAACAAUUCAGAAGUAAUUAUGUUUGAACACAGUCACAGCUAGCCACUGUACUUUUAUUUGAUAUCACUUGGUUCAUAUAUUACAUUAAAUGCAUCCUGUACAGCUCCAUUCCCCUUAUACAUCAUGCAUGGACUUCUAUUGUACUUAAACAUAUCUAUAUCCUAUCAGUAUGCUUGAAAAUAUUUUGAGAAUGCUAUAAUUAAUGUGACGUGUAUUAAUAAAAUAAAAAAAUAUGUGCUAAAUGUCUAUUGAAGUUGUUAAAGAUAUGUGUGAUUUAAUAUUUGCUAGUAUUUAUGAAGUGUCCAAGGUAAGUAAAGUUAGUUAUAAAAAGUGAUGUAUUAAUCAAAAGUCUUUGAAUAGAGAAGGAAUAAAUCUUUCAAGAUAAGUUAUGUUGUUCUAUGGUAUAACGCCAAAUCCAAACAUCACUAUCCUUAUUUGAAAUUCAUUUAGAAUUUAAAGUGGAUGCACAACCUCUUGUUUGAGCAUAUACCUUAAUAUAGAGUCCCGAGCACAUCUCCACACCACUAAUCCUCCUCUUUGAGCUUAAGUUUAAAAAGUGGAAAAUAUUAAAUGAGAAAUUUGAAACAUAAAUUUGUCUAGAGUGUUUAUUGAUUGAUAGUAAGUCGCGAUCCAAGUUAGGCACUAAAGCAUAGUAACAUAUUAAAUUGUUUGAGAUAUUGGCAAACUUAUUUUGAACACUUUUGAGAGCGAGCCAUCUGUUUCAUGGCAUGGGUUGUAAUUGUGGAAGAUAUUUUUUUCUCCUAUGAUUUGUUGCUUUUGAGUAUACUAUCCAAGUAGUUUUUUUUUUCUUGGUUGCAGUAAGGGUAUAUGAGAAUUUAUCUUUUUGAGCAAUCAAGCUUAUUCUAGUGAAGUUCCAAAAUAAGCUUAUUUAGGGAGAACAGUUGGUUUUCUUAUGUUUGUUGUCCAAAUGACUGAAAUAGGAAUAAGAGAGCAGCCGUGAUUUAGCUUUGUUGUUGGUUUUUUUGGAAAUUUUUUCAAAGAAAUAUUUCAUCAUGGAUUUUUCAUUUUUUUGAUAUGAUUUUUUUUUUAAUAUUAAUUUCUAGCUUUGGAAUUAUCAGGAAAAGGAGAGACUCCAUAUUAAAGGGCUUGUUGGCCUCAUAGGGAGUAGAGCUUUAAUGAUUAAUACCAUCUUGAAAAUAAGAAGGGAAUAGAGGAGAGUAGAAAAUGGGUGAUUUUAUAAUUGAAUUUUAUUCACUUGUUCUUUUUAAUUUGGAUUCAUGCAGGGUAGGUCGACUAUGGAAGCCAUACAUUUAUUAAGAGGUUUGAUGGAGAAAUAUAGAGAAAAUAA